AUGAUGAUGUUAGUGUUGCUGCUGCAUGCCACGCGACGAACUCUAGAAGCAGCACAGUUGGAACCAGAAGAUACAGCCACCGCCAGCAGCAGCAGCAGCAGCAGCAGCAGCUACAGUAAUAGCAGCAGCAGCAGCAGUUACAGCAGCUUAGCUAACAAUGGUACUUCCUCUAGCCAAUGGCGGCCGAGCUCCUUCGGAAGCAGCAGCAGCAGCAGCAGCAGCAGCAGUAGCAGCAGCAGCGCUGUUCCGUGGAGUGCAGCUGCUGCUGUUGCUGCUGCUGCUGCGCAGCAGCAGCAACAGCAGCAGCAACAGCUGUCUUCGCAGAAGAGUGAUCAUGGAUCUGCAACAUUAGCAGCAGGAGCAGCAGCAGUCCCCACAUCAGGGGAAGCAGGCACUGCAGCAGCAGCAGCAGCAGUAGCAGCAGCAGCACAAUCACCAGUACCAGGACUAGCAGCAACACCAUCAGAAGCAGCCCCACCGCAACAACCAUCAGCACCAUCAGCAGCAGCAGCAGCAGCAGGAGGACGACCAGCAGGAGGAGCAGGAGGAGGAGGAGGAGGAGGAAUAGUGCAGCAUAAAGCAUCAGCAGCAGCAACAGAGAAGAUAAUAAAUAAUUUGCUGCUGCGUGUAUCUUUGCUGCAUAUAGAUGAUAUAAUAGGAAGACAACAAGAAGAAUCUUUCUUGCUGCUGCUGCAGUUAAUAGAUAAAGUUGCUGCUGCAUGCUAUCAAGAUCUAUUUCUUGCUGCUGCUUGUCUUCCUCCUAUUGCACAACAACUUAUUCCUCUACUUGCUAGAAAACCCCAGCAACAACUGCAGCAGCAGCAACAGCAGCAGCAACAACAGCAGCAACAGCAGCAACAGCAGCAGCAGCAGCAAAUUGAUUGCGCUAAUGCGCAAAGAGGGCAAUGGCAGUUGCAACUGCAGCAGCAGCAGCAGCAGCAACAGCAACAGCAACCUGACAGUUCAGCCCAUCCAGACUCCGCAACAGCUGCAACAGCAGCAGUAGCACCAGCAGCACCAGCAGCACCAGCAGCAGCAGCAGCAGCAGCAGCAGCAGCAGCAGCAGCAGGAGAAGGAGACAGUGUAGUAAAAGGGCCACAGCUAAUAAUAGCAAAACUUCUUGCCCUCCAUUUCUUACAUGAAGGACAUUUCUCUCUAUAUGAUCUAUUAUGCGCGGAGUUGGCGGGGCAGAUAUUGCCACCAACAGCAGAACAGCAGCAGCAACAACAACAACAACAGCAGCAGCAACAACAACAACAACAGCAGCAGCAGCAACAACAACAACAACAGCAGCAGAUUCACGUUUUCCAGCCAAAGGAAGAAGCCCUGCAACAAGACGGCCAGCCUCAGCAGCAGCAGCAGCAGCAGCAGCAGUGCAGCGCAACCGUUGUUAUCCCUGACUGGGAAGACUUGCAUGAAGGAUUACGCCGCAGCAGCAGCAGCAGCAGCAGCAGCAGAGAAAGCAACCGCUGCAAAUGGUUCUGUGGAUGUCUUCAUUGCGGCGAGCAAUGUGGUACACCAAGCAGCAGCAGCAGCAGCAGCAGCAGCAGCAGCAGCGACAGGAAGAGGCCGAGGCCCCCACAGCUGCUGCCGUGUGCAGUUGUUGCGGCAUACAAGAAGAUGCAUUAUCCAGCUACAUUGACUCAAGCCCUUGAAUACAGCCGCAUGCAUCUGCAGCCUUUUUGGUGGCAACAUAAGGCAGAGAUAGCAAGAGCUAUGGGUGUAUUAGCCUUUGUUAGAUCUGCUGCUGCUGCUGCUGCUGCUGAUGCUGAUGCUGAUGCUGAUGGAGGAGGGAAACAUCCAGCAGCAGCAGCAGCAGCAGCAGCAGCAGCAACUGAUGCUGAUGGUGCAGCAGCAGCAGCAGCAAAAGGCGUGGAGGAUGAUAGAAAACGCAGAAAAGAAAGUAGUAUUGUUCGCAGUCACUCAACAGCAGCAGCAUCAUCAUCAACAGCAGCAGGAGCAGCAGGAGCAGCAGGAGCAGCAGGAGCAGCAGGAGCAGCAGCAGCAGCAAAUAAAGAGAAAAUAUCUAAGGUAGCAAUAGAUAGUCCUUAUUCAUCAUUAGUGUUUACUUCCUCAUGGGAAGAAACAGAGAAGUUGCUGCAGCAAGCAAUCAUAGAGGAAGGAGUUGUGCUGCCUGCUAUUGAGAUACCAUCAGCAGCAGCAGCAGCAGCAGCAGCAGCAGCUGCUGCUGCUGCUGCUGCACUUCCUGCUGCAGCAGGAACAGCAGCAGGAAGAGCAGCAGGAACAGCAACAGGAACAACAAGACCACGCACACCAUUCCGUAGGCAAACACCACAUGCUGCUUCUUCUACUGCUGCUGCUGCUGCUUCUGCUCCUGCUGCUCCUGCUGCUCCUGCUGCUGCAGCUACACCUGCUGCAGCAACAAUGUCGCAGCAGGCACACCCUCUUCGUCGAGGACCAGGUGCUGCUGCUGCUGCUUCUGCUACUGCAGCACCAACAGCAACAGGAGGAGGGAGAGGUGGCAAUGCUGGGAGACGAA